AUGGGCGAGGACGUUGACGCUGUGGUCGGAAACCCCGGCGUCGGCGGUAGCGACGGAUACGGGGGCGAAAGUGCCGGCGCCACCAGGAACCGGACGGACCACAGAGAACGGAGGAGGCUGUCUCGAACAGAAAACGCCUCAGCAGGCGAUUACUAUGAUGAAGUCGGCUCAGAUGCCGGGUCUGAUUUCAGCUCCGUGUCCGUCGACGAGCUCCCGCCAAUCCGCGCUUAUGGCCACACAUAUCACGGUUCUGGUGUGCUCCUGAUGCCCAACGACGAAUCUGAGCGUGCUCGUCUGGAAAUUCAGCAUCAACUUUUCAAGUUAUGUCUCGAAGGUGGUCUGACAGCGGCGAAGCUCCCCAAGGACAGGCCACUCAACAUUCUUGACAUUGGUUCCGGCACCGGCAACUGGGCUGUUGAGAUGGGCGAGCAGUACCCCCGGGCUAAGAUCAUGGGUGUCGACAUCUCCGCCGCAUUGUUGCCCACGACCGUGCCAGCCAACGUUGCCUUUGAAGUCGAAGAUGCAACCGAAGAUUGGGCACGGGAGAAAGACAGUCUGGAUUUUGUGCAUAUGCGGAACCUUGUCGGCGGGGGCGUUUCGGACUGGAAGGCGCUUUUUCGGCAAGCAUACGAGCACCUCAAGCCAGGUGGACAGAUUGAGUUCGCUGAGGUGAGGACGAGGUAUUUCGACCUUAUCGACAGCAGCGGAGAUGAGCCCGCUGCGCCCACGAUUGAGGAGAAGGAUCACGGCAUAAUGACGGCAUGUCGCGAGUUUCAGGCGCGGUUCUCGGAACUGGCCAAGGUUGCAGGCGUCGACUUUGACCCAACACCAAGGAUUCCUGCCAUGUUUUCUGAUGUUGGAUUCGAAAAGGUGGCACGCUGGUCGGAUCUGGUUCCCAUACAGGCUGUGGGACAUGAUGAGAAGAUGGUCAGAAAAGGGGCGCAAUUUGCCCAGAUGCUGGAGUAUGGCUUGGAGAACUACUCGUUGGCUGUAUUUGCCAAGGGGGGUUGGGAUGAGAACGAUACCCGGAAUCUCCUAAAGAGAGUCCACAAGGAGUCGCGCGACACCACAAACGAGGCAUAUGGCAAAGUAUCAUUUGUCACGGCGAGGAAGCCUCUGUAA